AUGGAAGUGAAAGGCGUUAUUUUAUUCUCUUCGUUUUCCUCUUUUUUUUCAUCGUUUUUUGUACCGUCUGCUUUUCCCUCCUUUUUCUUAAUCCUUUUCUUAUUUUCUUUUUUUUUCUUUUAUUUUUUGCUUCUUUUUCUUUCUUUUCUUCCUUUGUUUUUCUUUUCGAUCCUUUUAUCCUUUUCCUCCUUUUUGUUCGCGUUUUUCUUUCCAUUCUUAGUUUAUUUUACUUUUUUUUCUUUGUUAAUUUUCGUCUUCUUGUCUAGAUUUUUUAGGUUUUGUUUCUAUUUCUUCUUUUUACUAAUUUUUGGCUUUUAUUUUUCUUCUUCUUCUUCAUCAUCUUUUUUUCUUUUUUCUUCUUUUUUCUUCAUCUCUUUCUUCUUUUCUCAUGUUUCAUUUUCUCAUGUUUCUUUUAGUAUUCUUUAUUUUAUUUCUCCUUUUAUUCUCUCUUUUAUUGCUUUUUUUAUUUCCUUUUUUCUCUUCAUUUUCUGUUCCUUUCUUUUAUUCUCUUCUUUCUUUUUUUCUUCACUUCUUUUUCUUCCUUUCCACAUUUUUCCUCUUCUUUUUUUUUUUUUUCACCCUUCCCUUAUAUUUCUUCGCUUUUUUCUCCUCCUUUAUUUUACUCUCUUUGCCUUUUUCUUCUUCUUUUUCAACACAAGUCUUUUGACAUGUAAUGCACGGAUGUUUGCUAUAGACAAAAGGAAAAUAAUAACUAAAAGGCUUUCUUUUCUUUCUAAGAGAAAUAUGUUCGUAUCUAUCUAUCUAUCUAUCUAUCUAUCUAUCACUGGCUGUUCGUAUCUCUCUCUCUCUCUCUCUCUCUCUCUAUCUAUCUAUCUAUCACUGGCUGUUUGUAUCUAUCUAUCUAUCACUGGCUGUUCGUAUCUAUCUAUCUAUCUAUCUAUCUAUCUAUCUAUCAUCUAUCUAUCACUGGCUGUUCGUAUCUAUCUAUCUAUCUAUCUAUCUAUCCAUCUAUCUAUCACUGGCUGUUUGUAUCUAUCUAUCUAUCAAUCACUGGCUGUUCGUAUCUAUCUAUCUAUCUAUCUAUCUAUCUAUCUAUCUAUCACUGGCUGUUUGUAUCUAUCUAUCUAUCACUGGCUGUUCGUAUCUAUCUAUCUAUCUAUCUAUCUAUCUAUCUAUCUAUCUAUCUAUCACUGGCUGUUCGUAUCUAUCUAUCUAUCUAUCUAUCUAUCUAUCUAUCUAUCUAUCACUGGCUGUUUGUAUCUAUCUAUCUAUCUAUCAAUCACUGGCUGUUCGUAUCUAUCAUUCAUCUAUCUAUCUAUCUAUCUAUCUAUCAUCUAUGUUAUCUAUCUAUCUAUCUGUUUGUAUCUAUCAUCUAUCUAUCUAUCUAUCACUAUCUAUCGUAUCUAUCUAUCUAUCUAUCUAUCUAUCUAUCUAUCACUGGCUGUUCGUAUCUAUCUAUCUAUCUAUCUAUCACUGGCUGUUCGUAUCUAUCUAUCUAUCUAUCUAUCUAUCACUGCCUAUAUCUAUCUAUCUAUCUAUCUAUCUAUCUAUCUAUCUAUCUCAGAGUAUUCCUAUCUAUCUAUUUAUCUAUCUAUCCAUCUAUCUCAGAGUAGUCCUAUCUAUCUAUCUAUCUAUCUAUCUAUCUCAGAGUAUUCCUAUCUAUAUAUUUAUCUAUCUAUCCAUCUAUCUCAGAGUAGUCCUAUCUAUCUAUCUAUCUAUCUAUCUAUCUAUCUAUCACUGCCUGUUCGUAUCUAUCUAUCUAUCUAUCUAUCUAUCUAUCUAUCUAUCUAUCUAUCUCAGAGUAUUCCUAUCUAUCUAUUUAUAUAUCUAUCCAUCUAUCUCAGAGUAGAUCUAUCUAUCUAUCUAUCUAUCUAUCUAUGA